GCGGCUGGACGAACUAGAGGACGUUUAUUCUGCACAUUUUACUCAAAUAACUAAUUUUUUUAUUUAUUUAUUAUAGAGAUAACUAUGUUGAUAUAUUUGGCGAAGAAGAAAUGUGAGCAACUGAAGGCGGUUAGAACGUAGGUUCAUGAGAGAGUGUAACUUAAUGGUGGUUAAAAUGCGCUUCUGUUGCUGUCGCUUUUAUUUCACCAAUUAAAACUUUUUAUUUUGAACGAUGGGCUUUGUGAGACAGUUCGCACACAGCAGGCUGAGGAUUUAUUUUAAUAAGUCACUGCCUGUAAGGCUCUUUUCUACCUCUAACAGCAGAAUGACACUUAUGCCAGCCUGGGUUAUUAAUAAAUAUGGAAAUAAUGAAGUUUUACGCUUCAAUAAAGACGUCAAUUUCCCAGUAAUUAACUAUCCAAACGAGGUUAUUGUCAAAGUGUACGCAGCCGGACUCAACCCACUCGAUGUCCACAUGAGAGGUGGCUAUGGCGCAGCUACCUUCACCGUGAAGAGAGACCCUUUUGGUUUCAAUCAGCCAGGCAGAGAGUUCCCCGUCAUCCUGGGAAGGGACGUGUCUGGAGUCAUCAUGGAGUGUGGGCUGGACGUAAAGUACUUCAAAGAACAGGAUGAGGUGUAUGCAGCUAUUCCACCGUGGAAACAGGGCAGCUUGGCUGAGUUUGUGGUGCUGAACGCCAACGAGGUAUCUCACAAACCGAAGAAGCUGAGCCAUGUGGAGGCAGCGGCCAUUCCUUAUGUGGGCACCACCGUCUGGUCAGCUUUGGUCAACACUGGAGGCCUGACGAAGGACAACUGUGCAAACAAACGAAUUCUGAUUCUUGGGGGUUCUGGAGGAAUAGGAACCUUUGCUAUACAGUUGCUGAAGGCCUGGGGGGGCCAUGUCACAGUUACCUGCUCCCAGAAUGCUGAGCAGUUUGUAAGAGGACUUGGGGUAGACCACGUGGUGGACUACACUGCUGGUCCUGUUGAAGAACAGCUUCGAACUCUUGAUAAAUUUGACGUGAUCCUUGAUAAUAUUGGGUGGGACACGGAGCGUUGGGCCCUGACGCUGCUCAAACCUUGGAGCGGUGCGAAGUACGUCACCCUUGUUACGCCCUUUCUCCACAACACUGACAGGCUGGGCAUCGCUGAUGGCAUGAUGCGGACCGCCAUCACCGUGGGCUCCAAGGUCAUCAAGCACCUUGUUAAUGGAGUUCACUACCGUUGGGGGUUCUUUGCACCUAGUGGCCGUGCGUUGGAUGAAAUUACAGAAAUGGUGGAUGCAGGACAGAUUCGUGCAGUGGUCGACAAGACCUUCACCUUUUCCGAGGUUCCUCAGGCCUUCGAUAAAGUGGAGAAGGGUCACGCCCGAGGAAAGACUGUGGUCCAAAUCAGCAGAGAAGUGUGAGAGAAACCAGAACACUGAACCUACUGAUGCUAUGACACUAUCAGUGAUGUCAUUUAAUGGACUGUUCUUUGAGCACCUGAGCAGAAGGUUACUAGUUAUCAUUGAAAGUAGUAGUUUUCACGUGUUCUUUGAUUAUAUGGUUUAAAGAAAACUGAGAUUGCAAUUUGAUGUCUGACGUAUUAAAAAAAAAAAUCUUCCUUCUAUUGUCAAAUAUGUGAUCCAUAAAACCACAAUAAAGGCAUGAAUUGCACAAAUGUGUCAGACAGUUUGCAAAUAUGAGACUCAAUCGGAUAGUCAACAAACAAAGAUCAUCCCGUGUGGCUACACAUGGAACAAUGUAAUAUAGCAGCCAACAAAUAUUUUCUUUGCAAGGAUUCAGUGACUCAAUGCCACCCUGUGCAUAGAAUGACCAGACGCUCCCUCUGUGCUCAGAGCUUUUCUUUCUCCUGUUAACAUUCCUGGUCUGGCUGCAGGUGCCCAUUUAGUGUAGGAGAUUUCCACACGUGCAUGUGAGUCCCACCCUUUGCCCACUGUUAAUUUUUUUAAGGUGGUGGAUAGCAGCAGCAUUUCUAGAAAAGAAAUGCAUACAGAAAUCACCUUUAGAGGCUAAAACUCAAAGCUGUUGCACAAGAAUGUAGUCAGAUUAUAGUCCACAAAUGUGGCUUUUUCCACAUAGCAAUCAUUUCAAAGUUUUAGUUUUAAAAGAAAAUAAAUUCAGAAUUACAUAAUAAUAAUAAAGCCAUGUGAUUUAAAAUGUGUUCUUUAUGAAUCUGACUUUGUUUCCACUUCCUCAAAGGUUUGGGUUGGUCCUAGAAGAUUUUCAUAUUUAAAAGUGGACCCUGGUUUAAAUUUGGGAACAGCUGCAUUAGUAGAUUUAAUUACGGUUUUUGAUUUAUAUUAUUAUAUAGUAUUAUAGUAGUUUUUGAGAGAUUAUUUCAGCCACAGUGGUUUAAUAUUAUAAAGUGAAAAUACAAAAAAAAAAAAAUGUGUGUUGGAGUUUUAUCUGUGCACUUAUCCACUGGUCCACCAAUCAAAGCCUUGCUGAUACGCUGCAGUUUCAGCUCUUUAUGAUGUCAAAUGGACUGCAUUGCACUUUUACACCUACACUCAACAAAAAUAUAAACGCAACACUU